ACAUUGACAUUUUGUAGUUUGUUGAUUGUUUGUGGGAUGUUUACCGAUUGCUUUUUCAAUUAAACAGAAAAUUUUAUAUUAUAGUAAUCAUGAAAGCCGACGCUGCAACUCCAUCGGAGAAACCUAAAAUUCCUUUACCAACAGUGUCACAAAUAAAUGCUGAUAGAAUAACACAGCUUGCUCAGCAGUACUGGUCACCACAAACGAAGGACAACCACUUACCUUACGAUGCAACAAUUGUGGAAACAAUCUACCAGACGGAGAUACUUGGAUCUUACUUCUCCGUUCGUCGAAUCAUGAUGUUGGAAUUUUCUCAAUACUUAGAGAACUAUCUUUGGCCUCAUUACAAGACAGGAGAAGCGAGCCAUGCUCAUAUGAUGUCUAUUAUUGUUAUGACAAAUGAGAAGUUUCGAGAAAGAGUGCAGGCAUGGCAGGCAUUUUUGAAGAAACCCGAACAUUUCCCUGGCUUCUUUGAGCAAGUUCUCCGUGCGAGUGUGGCAAAUGACCUAAGCAGUCAGAAUAUGCGUGAACAGACAGCACUCCUAAUGUUCCUCAACCACUGCUUCAGCAGUAUGGAGGUGCAACUCUGUAGGGAUCAGGUCAAGCGACUUGUGUCACUUAGUAUGUGGAUUAGUCUGCAAGAAGGAAGGAGGAACCAAGAGUUCAAACUGGUACCCAAAUGGAAGAAAUACUGGAGAGCGAUACAGAAGAAGGAUAAACCGGAGAUGCUGGAGAAGUUGAACUGGGAGCGGCAUUACUUGCAGCGGCUGAUGAUCAAGUUCAUGCAGAUCUUGGAGACGGUUUCAGAGAUUGAAGAUGUUGAUCCUAAUGUUGUGAGGUACUGCGAGCGUUUCUUAGAGCUGAUGAUAGAUCUGGAAGCGUUGCUGCCUACCCGGCGCUUCUUCAACACCGUGAUGGAUGACUGCCAUCUAGUAGUCAGAUGUCAACUCUCCGCCCUCACGAGGCGACCUGAGGGUCAACUGUUUACACAGCUUCUCCAAAUGCUGAAGUUCUACGCCCGCUUCGAGAUCAGCGAUGAAACUGGAGACCCGAUGACAGACCGGGACAUGACCUUGCAGCACUACUCCAGGAUCACAUCAUUACAGAAAGCGGCGUUUUCGAAGUUCCCCGACCUGCGACUCUUCUCCUUAGCAAAUGUUGCCAGUGUAGACACAAGAGAAUCUCUGCAAAAACAUUUUGGUAAUUUAAGUGAUAAGGCGUUACGUGCAAUCGCUACUUACUUGAACCUGGUGCCGCCGGAAGGUAAAGAAGAUGAUGCACCCUGGCAUAGACUGGACAAGGAGUUCCUUAAAGAAUUAUUGAUAUCUCGACAUGAGCGACGUAUAUCACAACUGGAGGAACUCAACUCGAUGCCUCUUUAUCCCACGGAAGACGUUAUAUGGGACGAGAAUGUAGUGCCUACGGAGAUAUUCAGCGGAGAGAACUGCCUCGCGCUGCCGAAGUUGAACUUGCAGUUUCUUACCCUGCACGACUACCUGUUAAGGAACUUCAAUUUGUUCCGACUUGAGAGUACAUAUGAGAUCCGACAAGACAUAGAGGAUGCUGUGUACAGAUUGGCGCCAUGGCGAGCAGAAGACGAUAGUGUGUACUUCGGUGGGUGGGCGCGUAUGGCGCACCCUAUACAGAGUUUCGCGGUGGUAGAAGUCGCUAAGCCUAACAUCGGUGAGAAGGCGCCUUCCCGCGUGCGUGCUGACGUCACAGUCACCCUUAGCGUCAGGAACGAGAUCAAACAGGAGUGGGAAAACCUUAGGAAACAUGAUGUUUGUUUCCUCAUCACCGUACGGCCUACUCAAGGCAUUGGUACAAAGUACGACUACAGAAGGAGUAUGGUGGACCAGGCGGGCAUAGUGUACGUGAGGGGAUGUGAAGUGGAGGGCAUGCUGGAUGCAUCAGGGAGGGUCAUUGAAGAAGGUCCCGAGCCCAGACCCGAAUUGGACGGAGAUUCCAGAACAUUCCGUCUUCUACUUGAUCCUAAUCAAUACAGAAUGGAUUUGGAUAGUGCUAGCAAAGGAAAAGAGGACGUGUACGAAACCUUCAACAUAGUGAUGCGGCGCAAGCCGAAGGAGAACAACUUCAAGGCGGUGUUGGAGACGAUCAGGGAGCUGAUGAACACGGAGUGCGUGGUGCCCGACUGGCUUCACGACAUCGUGCUCGGCUACGGUGACCCCGGACAGGCGCACUACACCAGGAUGCCAAAUGAAAUCCCUACUUUAGACUUCAAUGAUACCUUCCUGGAUAUGGACCACCUUCGCAGCAGCUUCCCCGGACACGAGAUCAAGGUGCAGGUGGACGACCCGCGGAAACUGGUGCGACCGUUCAAAGUGACGUUCGAGAAUGUGUUGCGGAAAGAGAAGCGUGGUGAGAACUCCAUGGAUGAAGACGAGGACUCGCAGAAGGUGAUUGUGGUGGAGCCCCACGUGCAGCCUAAACGUGGACCUUAUCUAUACAAUGAACCAAAGAAGAAUAAUAUUCUGUUCACACCAACGCAAGUGGAAGCCAUCCGCUCGGGCAUGCAGCCAGGGUUGACGCUCGUCGUUGGACCCCCCGGGACAGGUAAAACGGACGUGGCGGUCCAGAUAAUAUCGAACCUGUACCACAACUUCCCGUGGCAGCGCACGCUGGUGGUGACGCACAGCAACCAGGCGCUCAACCAGCUGUUCGAGAAGGUGGCCGCGCUGGACGUGGACGAGCGCCACCUGCUGCGUCUGGGACACGGCGAGGAGGCGCUGCAUACCGACAAGGACUUCUCGAGAUACGGGCGCGUGAACUACGUGCUGGCGAAGCGGCUGGAGCUGCUGGAGCAGGCGGCGCGGCUGCAGCGCGCGCUGCACGCGGGCGGCGAGGCGGGCGCCACGUGCGAGCUGGCGCACCACUUCUACGUCUACCACGUGCGCCCGCGCUGGGACGACUUCCUGCUCAUCUGCGCACACGAUAAGACGAAAUCAGUGGAAACAAUUAGCAAAGAGUUUCCGUUCCACGAGUUCUUUGAGGACGCGCCCAAACCUCUGUUCCCGGGAAAAUGUUAUGACGAAGAUAUGGAGAUCGCUCGGAGUUGCUACAGGUACAUAGAUCACAUAUUCGAAGAGUUGGAGGAGUUCCGCGCGUUUGAAUUACUGCGCUCUGGUUUGGAUCGAUCUAAGUAUUUGUUGGUGAAAGAAGCUAAAAUUAUCGCGAUGACUUGCACGCACGCCGCGCUCAAACGAUCAGAAUUAGUACAAAUGGGUUUCAAAUACGACAACAUUCUUAUGGAGGAAUCAGCUCAGAUCCUGGAGAUAGAGACGUUCAUUCCCCUGCUGCUGCAGAACCCUCAGGAUGGCAGGUCGCGGCUGAAGCGGUGGAUCAUGAUCGGAGACCACCACCAGCUGCCGCCCGUCGUCAAGAAUAUGGCCUUCCAGAAGUACUGCAACAUGGAGCAGAGCCUCUUCACCAGGAUGGUGAGGCUCGGUGUUCCAUAUGUGGAGCUGGAUGCCCAGGGACGUGCGAGACCAAGUAUUUGCAACCUGUACCGGUGGCGGUACCGCGCGCUGGGCGACCUGGGCCACGUGCUGCGGCUGCCGGAGUACCGCGCGGCCAACGCCGGCCUCAGGCACGACUUCCAGCUCAUCGAUGUUGCUGACUUCAACGGCGCCGGAGAGACGGAACCCAGCCCAUACUUCUAUCAGAACUUAGCGGAGGCGGAGUACGUAGUGGCAGUGUUCAUGUACAUGCGGCUGGUGGGCUGGCCGGCCGAGCGCAUCUCCAUACUGACCACAUACAACGGACAGAAGCACCUCAUACGAGACGUCGUCGACAAGCGCUGCGCCGCCAACCCGCUCAUCGGCAGGCCGCACAAGGUGACGACAGUGGACAAGUACCAAGGGCAGCAGAACGACGUGGCGCUGGUGUCGCUGGUGCGCACGCGCGCGGUGGGCCACGUGCGCGACCUGCGCCGUCUCGUCGUGGCCGCCUCGCGCGCGCGCCUCGGACUCUACAUCUUCGCGCGCGCAGACCUCUUCCGCAACUGCUUCGAGCUGCAGCCCACAUUCAACCAGCUGGUGGAGCGGCCGCUGCAGCUGGAGCUGGUGGCGGGCGAGACGUUCCCGGCGCAGCGCGGCGCGGGCGCGGCCGUGGCGGAGGCGCGCGUGCGGCGCGUGCGCGACAUGCCGCACAUGGCGCGCUACGUCUACGACAUGUACCUCGACAUCGUGCGUCUGCGCACCGGCCAACAACACGCGGAGGGCGACUGGGUCCCUCCGGGCAGCGAGAGCGCCGCCCGCCCGCGCUCGCCGGGCCCGCCCGCCGCCGCGCCCCCCGCACCAGGCGCGCCCCCUGCGUCCGCCGCACCCACCGCGCCCGCCGAACCCCCCGCAAACACCUUUACGCCCACAGACAUUGUCAAUGAAAUUGAAGAUAUGCCAGACAACUAACGCGACAUUACCCCAUUUUACUAAACCCCCUAACAACAUCGGAGUUAUAGUGAAUUUAAACCAUAUUGUUCUAGAUUUAAGAUCACUUGAUUGUAAUAUACUCUUUAAUGAUGAA